GACUCGGAGGUGAGGGAGAGAAUUGCACCAAAAUUUCUUGGUAGCGCAGUUUAUCCAGCUGCGGCGACAGGAACAUUGGCUCGCAAAACUUUAGCUAAACAAAGCAUCAUAACUUCUGACGUGCUUUGCUCUUGGCGUGACCAUGGUGCAGCUCUGCGCGCAGUUCCUUGGGCUGGCUGCAGUGACCUGUAUGGUUCGAGGGUUGGCCGUACCUGCGAGCCCCCACCUCUCAGAGAGAGAGAAGGGAAGAAGAAAAGUGGUACACGUGUUGGAAUUGAACACGGGGCGGGUGAUCGUGCAGACGGCCCCGGGGAAGGUGGUCACCCACCGGGGCGGCUCAUCGCCUAGUGGCAGCGACCCCGCCCGCAUCCGCGUCAAGUGGACCAAGGUGUCGGACGCCUUCGUGUUCGAGACGUGUCGUAGGCGCUGGGCCGGCGAGCGAGCGGGCGUUCGGGUCGUACGGGCGGGAGCUCAGGAGGACGCGGGCACCGGAGACGCGUCGGUCGUCAUCCACAACGUCACGCUGCAGGGAUCACGGCACGCGUUACGCAGUUGCGAGGUCACCAACGACAUGGAGGACGACACGGGAUUCGUCACCUCGACCGUGGAAGGUGUGGUGUUCCCCUACCAUCCUCGCCUGGGGCGCUACAAGCUGAACUACCAGCAGGCCCAGGAGGUGUGCCGGCAGCAGGACGCCAUUUUGGCCUCCCACGGGCAGCUGCACAAGGCCUGGCUGGAGGGCCUGGACUGGUGCAACGCGGGCUGGCUGGAGGACGGCUCCGUGCAGUACCCCAUCUCCCACCCCCGCGAGCAGUGCGGCCGCAAGGACGCCCCGCCCGGCGUGCGUAACUACGGCUACCGCCACAAGGAGGACGAGCGCUACGACGCCUUCUGCUUCACCUCCAACCUCAACGGCCGGGUGUACUUCCUGAAGCGCUUCAAGAAGGUGAACUACAGCGAGGCGGCGAAGGCGUGCCAGCGGGACGGCGCGGCGGUGGCGAAGGUGGGCCAGCUGUUCGCCGCCUGGCGCCUGCAGCUGCUGGACCGUUGCGAGGCGGGCUGGCUGGAGGACGGCAGCAUCCGCUACCCCAUCGUCAACCCGCGCGCCCGCUGCGGGGGCCCCGAGCCCGGCGUCCGCAGCCUGGGCUUCCCCGACAGGAAGUUCCGCAUCUACGGCGUCUACUGCUUCCGCAAGAACGCGCCGCCUCCCACCCCGCAGCCGAAGAGGGCCGUCGCCGCCGGCGCCGCCAACGGGACCGGGAACAACUAG